AUGUCUUCAGCUUUUCGACAAUCGUUGUCUCAGAACCAUAGCUCAUUUUAUCUGGCCGCCUCCAAUGUCCGCACUCUGAAGCAAGCAGGACAACAGGCUGCUCUUGCACUCACACCGGAAUCGCUUGGCCUUGAUAUGUGCUGUGUUUCAGAAACGAGAAUUCAAGAUGCAAGCACAGCGAUUGAGUUGACCGCCCUUUCAGUCUCAACUCGCUUCCGGUUACGCACCUCUGGUGAUCCGGUGGCUGCUGCGGUGGGAUGUGCAGGGGUUGGUAUGGUGCUAAGUCACCGGGCGGAGCAAUCCUUGCUUGAUUGGAUUCCUGUUGAUAGUCGCCUCUGUGCGGUUCGUCUGACAAUGUCUGUGAAAGAGUCUCAGAAGCGGCAGGUUGAUGUAUGUCAAUUUAUUGUGUCUGCCUAUGCCCCAACUGACUGUAGCUCCGACGCCGUCAAAGACAGGUUUUACAAAACCUUGAAUGCCCUAUUGCGGCAAGCUAAAAGUUCAGACAUUGUGGUGGUUGCCGGAGAUAUGAAUGCUCAAGUGGGCAAGCUUAGUGCACCCGAGAUUCAAUUAGAGGGUCGACAUGGACUGGACUCGCUCUGUGUUGAUCGCAGGCUGUUUUUAUGCAGUACGAGCUUCCGAAAUAGCCGAAGUCGUCUGGCAACUUGGUGUCCUUCAACGACAGGCCAGGCACAAACUCAAAUCGACCACAGUGCCAUCAAUUACCGAUGGCGCGGAUCCAUAACUGACUGCCGGUCGUUUGGGGAAAUCUUUGUGGACUCUGACGACGCGCUCGUCCGGAGUGGACUCUCUCUACGUUUCUUGGGGCCGCGUAAGGUGCGGACAAACCGCAUGGCAACUGAAAGACUGACAGAUCCGGAUGUCAGACAAACUUACAAGGAUCGUCUUCUAGAUAAUAUCCCAACCGGUCCCGAAAAUAACCCGGUGCGAAGAGCUAUUAGACGUCAAGUGAAAUUGAUCUGUGCGGCCGGUCCCGGGCAACCACCUGUGAGUCAAAUCAUCAAAAAUCGGAAUGGAACGACCACUUCGAACAAAGAAGAACGCCUCGACCGAACCCUGGACGGUGGAAGUGGAACCACCUACGGCUCGGAGGCGACUGCAUACUGGACGGUGGAAGUGGAACCACCUACGGCUCGGAGGUUUUCGACUGCAUAUGUCCUCUCACGCGCCACCGAGCUCCCGGUUCGGAUGACCUUCCACCCGCACUUUUCAAAGACGGCGGUGAAGUCAUCAGUCAGCACUAGUUCGAUCACUUUGCUUGCAUUUGGGAAAAGGAGUCCGGAGCUAGAACAACGCCAAACGUAUAAGCGACCCACAAUUUUAAUAUUCCCGGAUUUCCGAGGUGCAUUGGACUCGGUUGAUCGGUCUGUUCUUCUUGAGACGCUUGCCCGCCAAGGAAUGCCCCAGAAGUUUGUAAACAUAAUACGUUCUUUGUAUUCACAGACUUUCGGACGCGUGAGUGUGUACGGAGAGCUCUCCAAAAGCUUCCGCCCACAAAGUGGUGUCCGUCAGACAUGCCCGCUCUCUACGUUCCUUUUUAACUUCGUGAUCGGUGAAAUACUGAGACGAACGCCGGAGGGACUCCGAAACCCCGGUGUUCGAAUAGCCAGUGAAGAAAACCUCGUCGAUCUGGAAUAUGCAGACGACAUCCUUCUCAUGUUCGAAGAGGAGAAGAAGGCGCAAGUAUUCUUGGAUGAACUGACUAAAGUCAUCCCGUCCUUUGAUAUACACUUUGCACCCACAAAGUUGUUGUAA